CCCUGAUGCCAGCUAUUUUUCUAUUUCUCUUACUCAACAACUUGUAUCAUAUGUACUGGCUUAAUGGAAUUGCAAGCCAACUUUCUUUAGAGUGCACGACCCGUAAAGAUGAAAACAAGACGUUUCCCCAUUCCCUAAACAUUGUGUCGAUUCAACCUUCUCAUCACGCGUCACUGUAUAUUACCUGCACUCGUUCUGCAAUCUAUUUGUGGUCUGUCAAGCCCAGUACUGUUCUUGCCUUUGUAGAACGCGCAGAUAAUCAUAUCAGCGAAUUUGGCGAAAACAUUAAAGCGAUAUGGAAGCCCGACGCAUCAGCCAUUGUAGUUCAUACAGCCAACAAUUAUCUCUUACUAUACUCUAUUAUUUCUUAUGAUCAACGAACAUUUGAAUUUAACUUUCCGCAUUCCUCACAUGCUUAUGUAACAGGCCCAGGGGAAGGCAAAGGUCCCAAGACAAUGCUUAUUAAAUUUAGGCUCGCCAUUCGAGUCGAUGCUGGUAUUAUCUGUGGUACUUCAUCUGAGGAUACACUUAUUAUUGCAACAAAAUCACCUGCAGCCAUACAAUGCAUCUCAUGGAACCCACAACAAAUGAAUGCCACACAGACUGCCCUGAUAGAUCAACUGGGUAUAAUGGAAAAUGAAACAACGGAACAAAUCACCCAAAUGGUAUACGAUAAAUCAAUGCAUGUUUCUGUAUGGAUAUCCAAUGAAGGAAAAGCUUACUUUGUUCAAAAUAACAGUGCUUUAUUACAAGAAAGACUGAACAAUAGUCAUGAAUUAACUACUUCACACCCUCAAGCACCUUCCUUUGGAUCCAAAGUGCAUUGGACAGGUGUAUGUUUUCAUCAACAGGAAGCCACUUUUGUAUCUAUCAAUCCAAAGCUAUCCUUAAUUGCUGUAGGAACAACAAAAGGAAGUGUGUAUGUUUACUCUGCCUCAAAUUAUGCUACUACACCUACACUAUUGCACACAUUAGAAUUGACAUCAUGGGCAUCACAGAGUUCAUCCAUUGAUAAUUCUGUGCAAUCACUCGAAUGGACGUCUGAUGGAUAUGCUAUUGCUGUUGGAUUCAAACGACAUGGCUUAGCUGUAUGGAGUAUGUAUGGUGGAUUAUUGUGUUCUUCAAGUGAAAUGGAUGAUUUCUUUAGUGGUGAUAGACUCAAAGAUACGUAUGUAAAAAGCAUUCAUACUUUGUUUUGGGGUCCAGGAAAUCAUCAAUUGUAUGUGCUUUCGAGUGAAAAUAGUACAGAAACAAAACUAUUCACUAUUCCUUUUGCUAAAUCAGCACUUACAAGCUAUUUACACUCGGACAAUGCAAGAAGAGGAUUGAUUCAGACAGAUGAUCGCAUUUUACUCUAUAACAAUGGAGGGGACUAUCAAGAGAACAACAACACUAUUGAUCCUGCUGCUGUUGCAUGGACACAUAUACAAUACCCUGCUUUAUAUAUCACAGAUCAUUGGCCUAUUCGCUAUGCUUCCAUCAGCCCAGAUGGUAAAUAUAUAGCCAUUGCUGGUAAGCGUGGAUUUACCCAUUACAAUUCAAUUUCCAAUCGAUGGAAGUUGUUUGGUAAUCAACAUCAAGAACAAAGCUUUCUAGUAAGAGGCGGUAUGGUCUGGUUUAAACAUGUAUUGAUCCUAGGUUGCGAAUUGAUCCAACAAAAGACUUAUGAGAUCCGUCUUUAUUCUAGAGAUACCAAUCUAGACAAUGCCUAUUUACUUUGCUCAGAGUCAUUAGAUACAAUUCCUGUUUAUAUGGCACUCUGUGGCCAAUUCUUGAUUGUGUAUACCUCUGAUAAUAUGUUGACUAUAUACCAUGUUGGUGUGGGCGCUACUCCUAAUAACAGUAGCAAUGGCAGACAAAUGAGUCCAGCAAGAUUAGACAUGGUAAAGAGAAUCUCACUAAAAGACAUUGUGGCUCGCAUUUCUCGAGUAAGAAGUAUCAGUCUUUUUCAUGCAGUGCAUGGUGAUCAACUCAAAUCCGUUGAGCAUGUCCUCUCUUCAAACAUUAUUUUACUGGUGGAUGGUAAACUGCUUAUGUUAUGUCCAAAAGUGCUUGAUGAAAAUGAUACUUCAGAUCUCGUUCAUGACCCAUCUCAAUUGUCUGCAAACCAGUUAUUUGAUAUACAUAUCAUACAUCAUCAAGCUGAAUAUUAUUGGAUUGGAAAAAAGCGUAUUGAGAAUUUGAUCACUUCUUUAUGGAUAGCUGAUGGAAAAGGCUUGAAGGUCUGUAUCAAUCUACUUUUAUCUAAAGACUUUGAUUACACUGCCUUUGAAAAUGAUGAAAGUGAGCCUUCUACACCUACAACACCGGGUGUCUUGUCCUCUUCUUCCUCUGCUCGAAACUUUGAUAUCGGAAAGCCUUAUUCUCUAGGCUAUCGUAUUGGUUCUGAGCCCCUUUCACCAUCUGCAUCCAUGGCCGAUGUGGAGACCUACACUAAAUGGAUAAUCCAUGAUUUUGACAGUCUAUCAAGUCAAGCUAUUUAUAUUCCACUUGAUUUUUAUCCUUUAUCUAUAUUAUUAGACAAGGGCAUUAUCGUUGGUAUAGAACAAAAUAUUUCUUAUAGAGAUUCCUUAGGUUUUGUAUUGUUCAAAAUGAGUCCCAAGAUGCAUUUGUUUUUACAUCAUAUUCUACGUUAUUUAUUACAGCGUGAAUUAGAAGAAGAAGCAGUGAUAUUUGCUCGAGCCUAUGAAAAGUUUGUCUACUUUAGUCAUGCACUAGAAAUCUUGUUACAUACUGUAUUAGAAGAAGAAGCAGGUCAUAAUUUAGGCAAAGCUGCUAUUUUACCUCUUGUCAUCAAAUUUUUGGAUCAAUUUCCUCAUGCAUUAGAUGUGAUUGUAAGCUGUGCUCGUAAGACAGAAGUUGCAUUAUGGGAUCAUUUGUUUUCGGUAGUGGGUAAACCCAAAGAUUUGUUUGAACUCUGUCUUGCUGAUGGUCGAUUGCGCACAGCUACUUCUUACCUCAUUAUCUUACAGACCAUGCAACCUUUAGCGAUCGGGGGCAAAGAUACCAUACGGUUACUAGAGAAAUCGUUGGAUGAAAAUGACUAUGAGCUGUGUAAAGAACUGCUUCGUUUUCUUAGUUCUAUUGAUAAUACUGGCAAAACACUUCAAGAUGCACUCAAGAUGGUCAAGACCCGUGUUGAAAGCGAAAACCCAUUAUCGCCUAACAGUAAAGAUGCUCAAGUAGAGAAGGUUGCACAGAGUAUGAGUAAUUUGAGCAGCACUUGACAAAUAAAAAUAUACCCUCACACCAUCAUGGACAACAUGAUCCAUGUGACUUAAUAGUUUGUUU